AUGGCCGAGUUCAAGUCCACCGUCCUGCAACAGAACGAUAUCUUCUAUCGAAUCAACCGCACGGUGGAGAAUCUCAAAAAACGGGGGAAGGACAACCUGACUCGGCAGCAUCUAGACACCACGCUCGAGCUGCUCGAUUCCAAAUGGAGGAAGUUCGCUGACGCUCAUUCUGUCCUUCUCGGUAAGCGAACGAAAGAGCUCGAUUCUCACAAGUAUUUUCAAGACGACUUGUAUGAUCAGUGCGAAACCGCUUACAUCGACGUCAAAGCGGAAGUGCUUCGGAUGCGCGAUCGUGCGGCUUCGCCGUGUGCGUUAAAUACUUCUCUCGGCAAUGACACUUCUCGCCUUGUCUCUAGCACCGCGCGAUCUCACCCGAAAAUCACGCUUCCGAAAUUCUCGGGCGAUUACCAGUCGUGGACGUCAUUUCGCGAUCUCUUUCAGUCCAUGGUCGGCUCCAACGACGACAUCCCUGCGGUGGAAAAAUUCCAUCAUCUCAAGAGCAGUCUCACUGGGGAUGCCGCUCGGCAUAUCGCGAACGUCCCGGUCACCGCCGAUAAUUUCGGUCCAGCGUGGGAUGCGCUCGUGGCUCGAUACGAGAACAAACGUGCUAUCGUUAGCGCUCAUUUGGACAAGUUUUUCGCUAUCGCCCCAAUCGCGCGCAAAUCCGUCAGUGAUUUAAAAGGUUUGGUAUCUACCGUUAAGGAAGCGCUCGGUGGGCUCGGAGCUCUCGGUGCGCCUAUCGAUUCGUGGGACUUCAUCUUGGUUCACUUCAUUACUCGUCGACUCGAUCCUGAGACGCGCGAGGCGUGGGAGCUGCGUCAGGGUACCGCCACGGAUCCGGCAACGUUCCGCGAGCUCGACGAUUUUCUGGAUGGGCGCAUUCGCGCUCUAGAGGUGAUCGCUCCCGGGAAUUCCAGCAAGAAUGUCAAGGCUGCUAAAACGCUCGCUACGAAGCCCGCCUCGCGCGUUAACGCCGUCAACGCUUACUCGUUCAAGUGCUCCUUCUGUGACGGUUCUCACUUCAUAACCUCCUGUAACGAAUUCGCUGCUAAACCGACGGAGGACCGACGCGAGUUCGUUGUAUCAAAACGCUUGUGUGCGAACUGCCUCGGCAAUCACCGGUUAAUCGAAUGCAAAUCCGCUAAACGAUGUCGGCUCUGCGGUGGGCAUCAUCAUACUCUCAUUCAUCGUGCGUCCGCGACCUCGAGUGCUGCACUGCAGCCCGGUCAAAGUGCCGCGAGCGAGGCCUCAUCCUCCGCUGCAGCAUUUGCCGUCGCCACGGGCUCAGGCGCUAUCUCACUCCACGCGUCCGGGUGUCGCCUGGAUGCGCCCGCGAUGACGUUGCUGCCCACCGCCCGCGUCCGCGUGUUGAAUCGCUCCGGGCAGGCAAUUGAAGCGCGCGCUCUUCUCGAUCUCGGCGCGGAGCUCAGCCUUGUCCGUGAAUCGUUCGCGCAGCUCCUGCGGUGUCCUCGUCAUCGCGCGAGCAUUCCUCUACUCGGAGUCGGGUCCUUACCAUCGUACACCACGCGUGGCGCACUUGCUCUCCGAUUGCAAUCCUGCGUCGACCCCACGUUCGAGUUCGACGCUGCUGCUUACGUUGUGCCUCGCGUGAUGAGCCGGGCGCCUGGAGAGGAGGUGGACCCGACCGCAUGGAGCCAUCUGGGCAAUCUGCCUCUCGCUGAUCCAACCUGA